AUGGAUGGUCACAAGGGAAAGCAGGAGAAGGCGAAGGAUGAGACAAGGUACCGGGGUGUCCGGAGGCGGCCAUGGGGGAAGUACGCGGCGGAGAUUAGGGAUCCGUCGAAGCAAGGGGCGAGGCUGUGGCUGGGGACGUUUGAUACGGCGGAAGAAGCAGCCAGAGCCUACGAUAGGGCUGCCUUCAACAUGAGGGGUCAUCUUGCAAUCCUUAAUUUCCCUAAUGAGUAUUAUUCUCAGCUGAUGCCCCCAGCAUGUGGUCCCUUUUGGCCGCCUCCUUCUUCUUCGUCUUCUCACGGUCCUGUAAGUGCAGGCCCAUCGUCUGGUCCGCUGCGGAAGCAAGUUUUUGAGUUUGAGUAUCUGGAUAAUCAGGUGCUCGAAGACCUGCUAGAAUCAGAAGAGGAGAAGAAGAGAAGAAUGCGGGAUUGA